GUAAAGAAUAUAACCUACAAAAAUUUAUACAAACAAGUAGCCGUCGCGAUGGUAAAUCUUUUAAAAGGGAUUUUAGUAGAAUGCGAUGAAGCUAUGAAGCAAUUUCUUUUACACUUGGAUGAGUCUAUGACAUUGGGAAAAAAAUUUAUAAUUCAAGAUUUAGAUGAUACACAUUUGUUUAUAUCAGCUGAUAUUUUAGACGCUUUACGUGCACAAAUUGAUGACUUGAUGGACAAAAUUUCUUUUCCCACAGAUAAAGCAUUUUAAACAUUUAUAAU